CAAGGUGCUUGGACUGGAUCUAAAUCAUGAAUCCGUCGACCCGGAUCCCCACAGUUGAUGACUUGAGGGUCAAGCUGUGCUUCAUCUGCAGGGAGGAAGAGCGUUUUGACAAUCCUCAAGAGCCCCGCCGGGCAUGGGUCCAUCCCUGCAACUGCACGCUCGUUGCGCACGAGUCGUGUCUCCUCCAGUGGAUCAAGGCCGCCCAGCAGGAUCCGGCGCGUGCGAGGAAUGCCCUGAAGUGCCCACAAUGUGGCGCCACAUACGAGCUUGAAAGCGAUAACCCGUUCAUCCUACGGCUGCUUGACCAUGUCAAUGCGAGCUUGUCUGUCGCAGGAAAGGUUGUCAGUGCGGCGGGGCUGGCGGGAAUCAUCGUGUCCUUUGGAUUCGGAAUCUACAUCAUUUGUACCUCAUACGGUGCCUAUGCCAUUCAGGAAUUUCUGGGCAAGGAGAUGUACAACAUCCUGCUCACCGACGACCCGAGCAACUGGCCAUGGCAUGCCUACAUGGACCUGCCCCUCAUCCCUUUCAGCCUUAUCUUCUCCCGAACACGCUUUUUCGACAGCCUCCCCUUCGUCCCUCUCCUCCUUGCAUGGCCGUCCUCCGCGCCCGUCGCCUCCACAACAGGCGUCAUCGCCGCGCGCUGGGCUCCUGCCGUACGCGCACCGCCCGCUCCUUCACAUGUAAUUUUCACAUGGCCGCCGUCGCCCAUUGUCGUCACGAUGCUCUUCCCUAUCCUCACUGCGUUCUACCGGCGCGCAUACUCACGUAUAAAACAUCAGAUCAUGGGAACACAGCCAGGCAUGCGCCCUGCACUGCGCGAGGUCGUCUGGGACUUUGGCGGCGACGGACCCGUCCCGCUGCGGGCGCGCAUCGGCGUGAAUGUCGAACCCGCCGAUCAUCGGCGACCGCAAGGCGGGGAGCAGGCGCAGGGCGAGGAGGAGCCGGACGACCCUGGACACGUCGCAGAGCGGACGCUGCGCGUGACGAAUGCCUCCCUGGGACGGUUCAUUGGCGGCGCGCUUAUGAUGCCCGCUAUCGCGAAUUAUAUGGGUGCGAUACUGUACCGGCUGUCGAAGCACUUCCAGCUCCUGCGCCGGUUCUUGGCCGUGCGUCCACCGUUGCAGGGACCGGUUCCCCCGCCGGUCGAUGCGUGGGUCGAUAGUCAAACCUUCAGCAAAAUGGGGUACCUCAAGCAGAUUGGGCUAGGGAUGCGGACGGCGUUGGACCUCAUAUGCGGAGGAACGAGAUCCUGGCAAGAGUGUGACCCCGUCUGGUGGAGAAACUCCAUCGGACUUGGUAUUUUCUUGGUGGCCAAAGAUUGUGUGAAGCUAAUGCACCUAUAUCUGGCCAAGCGCGAGCUGGAGACACGACGCAUCAAGAGCCGCUCAUUUGCCGGGGUGGAUAUGCGAGAGCUUGAUCUAGUACAGCGUCCCGAUACUCCAUCAACAUGAUCCUUGAGUUUGAGUUCGAUGUUUCAUGUAUUUUUGGCAUCCUUGUUUAUACAACUCACGCCAAACUCUAGCUGGUGUACACCCGGACUGGGCUUAAAAGUCGACAUACAGCGGAAGGAGAUGGCAUCAGAGUAACAGUCUAACGCUACAUUGUGCAAAGCAACGGAUGUGCUAAGAUAGGGGUCAACUAGUGAAAGAGUAUACAAUGUAUGUAUAUGUUUAGUCAACUUCGAGCACCGUUCCG